AUGCGAGCCUUUACAACAACUCUGGGCUUCUUCAGCCUACUUACACUCUUUUUCCUACUCUUUGUAGAUGUUUCCCUUGCGCAGGAUCCGGAAUGUAGCGCCUCCAUCCCAUGCAAGGCUGGCUGCUGCUCUAAGUUUGGCUUCUGCGGCUAUGGCAAAGACUACUGCCAUAAGGACGUCUGCCUGAACAACUGCGACCGUCGGUCCGAGUGCGACCCCGGUGGCUUCGGCUCCGACUUUGCUGAAAACUCCAAGUGCCCGUUGAAUGUGUGCUGUUCCAAGCAUGGAUUCUGCGGCACGACCGACGAGUUCUGCGGCGACAAGAAAGUCAAUCGGCCCAAGUGCGACAGCCACACGCUUCAACGUGUCGUCGGGUACUACGAGGGCUGGGCGGCCCGUCGUCCCUGCAACGCCUUCCUGCCGGAGCAGAUCCCCGUUGGCGUCUACACGCACCUCAACUUUGCCUUUGCCACUAUUGACCCUUCCACCUACGAGGUCCGCCCGGCCUCGAGCGCGGACACGAAGCUGUACCGCCGUCUGACCUCCCUCAAAGACCGCGAUCCCGACCUCAAAGUGCUGAUUGCGAUUGGCGGCUGGACCUUUAACGACCCGGGCCCUACCGCCACCACCUUUUCCGACAUUGCUCGGUCCGAGACGGCGCAAAAGGCAUUUAUCAAGUCGCUGGUCAGCAUGAUGUCUACAUAUGACUUUGACGGCGUCGAUCUUGAUUGGGAAUACCCCCAGGCAAAAGACCGGAGCGGUCGCGAAGAGGACUUUGCUAAUUUUCCCAAAUUUAUUGCCAAUUUGAAGGCGGCCCUCAAGUCUAGCGGCAGGGACGAAGUCAGCCUGACGCUUCCUGCAUCCAUGUGGUACUUAAAACACUUUGACAUUGUCAAACUUGAGAAAGAUGUCGACUUCUUCAACAUUAUGAGCUACGACCUCCAUGGAACCUGGGACAAGGGCAACCAAUGGGUCGGCCCGUAUCUCAACGCACACACGAACCUCACUGAGAUUAAGCAGGCUAUGGACCUCCUCUGGAGAAAUGACAUCGACCCGGACAAGGUCGUGCUUGGCACUGGUUUCUACGGCCGUGCCUUUACAGCCACCAGCCCCAACUGCCUCGCUCCAGGCUGCACGUACGAGUCUGGUGCUCCUCGCCAGCCUUGCAGCAACGAGAUUAGUGUCAUGAUCCAGUCCGAGAUUGUCGACGUCAUGAAGAGAACCGGCAACAAGCCCACUUUGGACAAAGAGGCUGCAGUCAAGAUUCUAACCUUUGAUACCAACCAGUGGGUUGCCUAUGAUGACGAAGACACCUUCAAAUUAAAGGCAAAUUUUGCCCGCGAGCAGUGUAUGAGUGGCAUCAUGGUCUGGGCUGUGUCGGCAGACGUGUCUGACGGCAAGUACUCCAAGGCCAUUGGCUCGGCCGCCGCUCGCAAGUUCACCUCACUGCCCGGCAAGUUCUUUGAGCAGCCCGACGACGACAUGAUAACAACGACCACGAAGCAUCCUCAGUGCAAGUGGACCAACUGCGGUGAGAGCUGUCCUUCGGGCUGGGUCCGCAUGAUGCGCAACGACAAGGAGGCGCGCAAGAAUGAGUACCUAGUCGACGGCUCACACUGUCCCAGCGGCGUGCACGAGCUGUGCUGUCCGGCAGAGAACCCGCCAACCUGCGGCUGGUAUCAGCACAACAACGGCAAAUGCGACCCGACGUGUCCGCAAGGCACCGUCGAAGUCGGCUCCCUCAAGACGCACUGCAACAACGGCCGGUACCAGGCAGCGUGCUGCACCACCGGCGGGGACAGCAUGAAGCUCCACGACCAGUGCAGCUGGACCCAGUACCCCAUGUGCAUGCUCGGAUCCUGCAGCAGCGGCCAGGACGAGGUGGUGCGGUCGCCGAGCGGAAGCGGCAAUGCGCCGUGCAAUAUCGAGAUCUGGAACCACCCGUACGGGGACGGCACGAUCAAGAUCCAGGAGCGCAAGAUGUGCUGCACCCAAGAGGACAACAAGAAGUGGGAUGACUGCCAGUGGUACAACAACCUCGGUCCGGGCGGCGACGACGACAGAUACUGCCGCAGCGGGUGUCCGAGCGACCGCGUCCGCGUCGCCAUGGACGACACCUGGAACAAGGACGGCAACUUUGGAUGCACACGCGGCGCCCGCGCCAAAUGCUGCAUUCCAAAGUUCCAGAGCGUCGAGAAGCGCGACACGUCGCAGAACGAGGUCCUGCGCGACGCUCUCGAGUCCUUCCUGAACAACCCCAUCUGCUCCGAGAACGGCGGCGGCUGGACCUGGGGCUCCCUCGGCGCGCGCGAGGCCAACGCAUCCCUCCUCCUCCAUCCCUUGCCGCCCAAGCUCGAGGCGAGCUUGGCGCACCUGCGCAGACACGUCCGCGACCUGCCCGUCGACGCGACGCACUCUGGCCUGGUGGCGGCGGCGCUCCACGACACGUCGCUCGCGCAGCGGCAGAGCAGCUUCGGUAACUACGCGCAGGACGAGAUCAAGAACCUGGUGUACGCACUGCUGCUGGUGCGGGCGACGGUGCGCCAGACGCAGAUCUGGGACGGCCUGGUGCCGAACAAGUACCCGAACCUGCAGUGGUCCAAGGUCAAGACGUGGGUCAAGGACACCGAGGCGGUCGUCAAGUACGGCUACGACCAGCUGGCGUACCUCAUCACCUGCCACAUGGGCGACUUCAACGACUGGGUCGGCGGCGGCAAGAAGGACGAUUGCAAGUGCGACACGAGCUACUGCUGCCCCGACGGCGGCGACUGGUGCGCGUCUGAGGAGAGCGUGCCGGACGACAGCGGCAGGAAGGUGAAGAGGGAGAACGGCACGCUCCAGGGGCGCGAGGAGGAGGAGUAUGCCAGAAUAUUUGGUAGGGCCCCGGGUGGGAAGCGCCCAUACACGAUCAAGCUGCGGGACGGCACCGAGAUUGAGAUCGAGAGUGAGGAGUACUACCCUGCCACAAACAGCCACUGGUAUGCCAAUCAUCCGGUCUGGAACAAUGUGUACCUGUACCCUCGGGAGCGGUGUUUCGAGGUCGAGCCUCUGAUCUCGACAUGGACAAAGGGUAACGGAGGUCUUCACUACGAACACCUGAUCGAGCAAAACACCCUGGCGCGCUUCUUCAGUCACUACUCCUCUGGCACGCUGCCUUCGGGGCGCGCAAUGAGAACCCCGAGGUCCGACUUGCGUCUGACGGACUCGCUCCGAGCCCAGAUGACGAAUGCGCCCCCGGCUCUUGGUGGCGUGAACCUGGCCGAGCCAAUUCGAAGGCUGUUCAAUGCGCUGGGUUCACGGGCCAAUACGCAGUACGCAUCGUUUACUGUAGGUGGUAUGAACCUCGUCAAGUCGGCUCUCUGGACACAAGAUCAAACCUUUGGCUGGGCGAGGGAAUUCAUGAGUCCAGACAACUUAUCGCGGAACCUGCGCGAGUUCCGAACCGGUCUCUUUACCCAAAACAUUCGCAACGUCAUUGUCGCCAUCAACUACCUGCGCGACCCGGUCAUCUGGAACCGCAUCCUAGCCAUCAACUUUGACAUUCGCGACGAACUGCGCCGCCUGCAGACGUUUCACGAGCAGCGCACCGGCAGCACCGACUACGUCGUCUCCGCCUGGGACGAGUACUUUCGCGAUCACCUGCAGACGGUGAUCCGCUACACGCAGGGCUUCGUGCGCGACUGGGUGACGAAUGCGCGCAACGACUGGCGCGACAACAACGACGAGGACGUGAUCCAGUUCCUGGCCUUGAUGAGCACGCUGCUGAGACACGCCGAGGACCUUGAGCUCAACUACGAUGACCUUCCAAACUAG